AUGAAAAGAAAUUUGAAUGUUAUUCAAUCAAAUAUAAAACAUGAAAGACCAAAGAAAAAACAAUUAAGGAAGCUGAUAUUUGAGACGGAAGAGAGUGAAGAUUACGAAAUACUGAAAAAGAAACCACCAAAGAAAGCUUUUGAAAAACCAGCUGAAAAUGAAUGUGAAUCAGAAUCUGAUGAAGAUUAUAUGAGUUUUAAAGUUGAAGAAGAGGAGGAAAGAGUUAAGCCGAAGGCUGCUGAGAAGAACUCUAUACAUAAGUCAUUAUUUGAGAGUCUGACUAAAUCUAUUGGAUUAAGAAUGAUGGAAAAAAUAGGGUUCAAAGUUGGAGAUACUUUGGGUGCAAAAAAUUCGCUGGAGGCAAUAAAAGAACCCAUUCAAUUGAGGACUACCCUUGGGAAAGGUACAAAUGAAAGUGCAAAGUAUACAGAUGAACAAGUGUCUGAAUUAAAGUCACAAAAGAUAUCUGAUGUUAAGAAAAUUCAUCAUAUUAAAGAGGUGAAAAAAUUAAUGAAAUUAUGUUUUGACAUGAGUGGUGAUUUCGAGAAAGACAAUGUUGAGAAGGUGAAUGAGCUAUGGAGACCAUAUGAAUUGUACAUUGAGAGUGUUGAAGAGUCAAAAAAGAUUCAGUCGGAAGAGUUAAAAUAUAAAAAUCUAAAUACAUUUAAUUUUGAAGAUCACAUUAAUAAUAUUGAUGAUACAAGAGACAGGUUAUUAACUUAUCUACGAGAUGAGCAUUGUUUCUGUUACUAUUGUGGAUCUACAUAUGAGAACUUAGAUGAUUUGGAGAAAAAUUGUCCUGGACUAAAUCGUGAAGAACAUGAACUGAAAGGUUGCAAUACAUAG